GCAGGCUACCCCGUGAUAGAAAUCGUGUAACCGAACGUUUCCCGCGCCGUGACACAGUGCUCCGAGCCCAGUAGCGCCAAACAGCAGCGGCAAGAUGGCAGGAGUUCUGGACGUCCCCAAGCCCCGAAUCAACACCUCCAUGCUGUCGCAGCACAUCAGCCGGCCCGUGUGCUUCGUGGGACGCGUAGAAAAGGUUCAGCCGACAGGAAAAACGUUCACGGUGUCGGAUGGAGAAGGAAAGAGUGCCACGGUGGAACUGAACGAACCCCUUGAGGAGGAGCUGAGCGGUAUCGUGGAGGUCGUCGGUAUGGUGUCCAACAGAGGAGCCAUCAUGGCCGCCACAUACAACACGCUGCGAGAGGACAAGGGCGUCCCCUUUGAUUUAGAGCUGUACAACGAAGCUGUGAAGCUCAUCCAUGACUUCCCUCAGCACUACCCCUUUGAAGUGGCUGCGAGUGGAUGAAGCUCCCAGAACAAGACUGUGUUCAUUGUUUGUUUUUUGGUUGAUUCUGGCGUGUUACGUUUUUCUGAAUAAAAGUUAUUUGCAAUAAAAUAUAAAUGUAUGAAUAUGAA